GAUAGUGACGCUAAACCAGUUGAUUGUUUUAUUUUAUUUCCUAAUUAUUCGUGUGAUUUGUGAUUAGCAUUGAUAUUGUGAUAGAUAAUCUAUCUUGUAUGUUUUGAUUAGCCUCUAUAAACCAUCUUAGGUUCAAUUAAAAACCUAACCUAAAUACGCCGACUCAGCUUGCGAAAAUGACCACGACAACCGAGGAAAAUGCUGAAAUUGACUGGGGAAACGAGAGGUUGAGCAGAGCUCAAAGGGCUGUCGAAGCCAACACCUACGAUGUGGAUUCGUGGUCUUUACUCAUCAGGGAGGCCCAAACAAGGCCUAUCAACGAUGUGCGGUCGAUGUACGAGAAGCUCAUUGCCGCUUUUCCCACCACCGGCCGAUUCUGGAAGAUUUACAUAGAGCAGGAGAUGAAAGCGAGGAACUUUGAAAAGGUCGAAAAGCUGUUCCAACGCUGCUUGAUGAAGAUCCUCAACAUCGAGUUAUGGAGGCUUUAUCUCAACUACGUGAAGGAAACCAAGUGUAUGCUGCCUACCUACAAAGAGAAGAUGGCCCAAGCCUACGACUUCGCUCUAGACAAGAUCGGUCUGGACAUCCACGCCUACCCGAUAUGGAACGACUACGUGACCUUUCUGAAGAGUGUGGACGCGGUGGGAUCCUACGCUGAGAACCAAAAGAUAUCCGCUGUUAGGAAGGUGUAUCAAAGAGCAGUGAUAACUCCAAUCAUAGGCAUAGAGACGCUAUGGAAGGACUACAUCGCAUUUGAGCAAAGCAUCAACACUAUAAUCGCGGAAAGAAUGGCGAUGGAGCGCUCCAGAGACUAUAUGAACGCUCGUCGCGUGGCCAAAGAAUUGGAGACGGUCACCCGAGGCCUCAACAGGAAUAUGCCCGCAACACCACCUACCGUGGACCGAGAGGAGAUGAAACAGGUGGAGCUAUGGAAGAAAUACAUCACCUGGGAGCGAUCGAACCCUCUCCGAUCCGAAGACACGGCUCUCGUGGCCCGCCGCGUCAUGUUCGCCAUAGAGCAGUGUCUUUUGUGCCUGGCACACCAUCCGGAUGUGUGGCACCAGGCUGCGCAGUUCCUGGACCAUUCUGCUAAACUGCUCACGGAGAAAGGGGACUCGAACGCGGCGCGUCUGUUCUCAGACGAAGCGGCGGCGGUGUACGAGCGAGCGACGGGCGGGCCUCUGAAACAUUCUACUUUGCUGCAUUUUGCACACGCGGACUAUGAAGAGAGCAGACUGCACUAUAACAAGGUCCACCAAGUAUACACACGCUACCUGGACAUGGAAGAUAUAGACCCGACCCUAGCAUACGUCCAGUACAUGAAGUUCGCGCGUCGUGCUGAGGGCAUCAAGUCGGCCAGGACUGUGUUUAAGCGCGCGAGGGAGGACGCUAGGUCUCGCUACCACGUGUUCGUGGCUGCAGCGCUAAUGGAGUACUACUGCUCCAAAGACAAGAACAUAGCCUUCCGCAUCUUCGAGCUUGGCCUCAAGAAGUUCUCGCAUAUACCGGAGUAUGUGCUGUGUUAUAUUGACUACCUGUCGCAUUUAAACGAGGACAACAACACACGUGUGCUAUUCGAGCGAGUGCUAUCAUCGGGCAGCCUGAAGCCAGAGAGUUCUGUGGACAUCUGGAACCGCUUCCUGGAGUUCGAGUCCAACAUCGGCGACCUGGUCUCCAUAGUCAAGGUCGAGAAACGGCGCCAGGCUGUACUGGAGAAGAUCAAAGAGUUCGAAGGCAAGGAGACAGCGCAACUGGUGGACAGGUACAAGUUUCUGGACCUGUACCCUUGCAGCAUCGCCGAGCUGAAGUCCAUCGGGUACACUGAGGUGGCAUCGAUGUCAAAUAAGUCGUGGGCCCUUGGAGGGCCUCUGGCGGGCAUAUCGCCUGAACUGGCAGCCGUUAUCUUAGGACAGAAAGACAACGACCCGAACAAAGACAUAGCGCGUCCAGACACGAGCCAAAUGAUCCCGUACAAGCCUAAAGUGAACCCCUUGCCCGGAGAACAUCCUAUACCAGGCGGUACUUUCCCGAUGCCAGCGGCGGCUGCUCACGUGUGCACAUUAAUGCCACCGCCUGCUUGCUUCCGCGGGCCAUUUGUUGCCGUCGACCGUCUACUACAUCUGUUUGGACGCAUCUCGCUGCCAGACAAGCGUAACCAGGGGGGGGGGGAAUCUGACCCCAGUAAGAGGCAAUCUGACUCCAGGAACAGGCAAUCUGACCCCACGAAGAGGCAAGCUGACACCAGGAAGAGGCAAUCUGACCCCAGCAAGAGGCAAUCUGACCCCAGGAAGAGGCAAUCUGACCCCAGGAAGAGGCAAUCUGACCCCAGGAAGAGGCAAUCUGACCCCAGGAAGAGGCAAUCUGACCCCAGGAAGAGGCAAUCUGACCCCAGGAAGAGGCAAUCUGACCCCAGGAAGAGGCAAUCUGACCCCAGUAAGAGGCAAUCUGACCCCAGUAAGAAGCAAUCUGACCCCAGUAAGAGGCAAUUUGACCCCA